AAUUGAAACCAACCCUAAGCUCCUUGUUUCUCCGCUUAAAAGGUAACCCCGAUUAUUGCUGACUUAAGCAUCGGAGUGUCUACCCCGAGGAUCCACCUCGGGGCUUUGCAGGUCAAUCCAGAGUGCAGAUACGGACUGAAGGACUUUCGGUUUGGUGUAGUUACACUUUGGCGCCGUCUGUGGGAAACUGAACAAAAGGUUCCUUUGUUGCUCUUAUCAUGGUUAAAACUAGGUCAGCCCGAGGCGGAAACUCAUCUCAGCCUCUUGGACAAGGUCAAGUCCCCAGCAACCUUCCACCUCAUCCUCCACCCCCAAUCCCAAAUACAUUCCCUCCUGUUGAUCAUGCAGAAGGAGAAGACGAACAUCAACCACAUAAUUCGGUUAGUCACUCAGCCUCUACUGUUAACCAAGACGUAAUUGCAACUCAGCUCGCUGCCAUGCAACAGCAGUUUGGUGUCUUUCAGCAAGUACUGGCUCAGUUGUUAGCCCGGAACAAUCCUGGUGAUCCACUCAUCAAUCUACUUAAUGCUACCCCACCACAAUCCCCAGCCCCACCACAAAAUCCUGAACCAGUUCACGGUGCUCCCGCUGUUAGUGAAUCUCAGGGCCAAUCUCACAUCGCACCAGUCAUGCAACCCCCUCGUGAUGAGGUCAAUCAGCGUUUAGAUAGCUUAGAAAAGCUAGUGGUCGAACAGCGAGGUAUUCCACCUCCACACCCCGCUGCUGACUCCGUACCUCACCCUCUCAACACCAAUAUUAUACUGGAACCCUAUCCAGCGGGUUUCAGAAUACCACAGCUUGAAACCUACGAUGGGACGAAGGACCCCGAUGAUCAUCUACAUGCUUUCUACUCUUGCAUGCAGGCCCAGAACGCCUCUGAUGCGUUGAUGUUCAAUGAUGCAGUGCUAGAGGUUAACUCUUUCGAUCAAGCAGUGGGCAUUACAACUGUGAUCUCAGGUCUCGGCCAUGAAAGAUUCAGAGAAAGUCUGCUCAAACAUCCCGCCACCACCUUCAGUGAGGUAAAUGAUAGAUCAUUGAAAUUCAUAACUGCUGAGGAAUAUGCCCUGUCGCAGAACAUCACCCCUGUUAAGAAUCAACACCCGGACUGGAGAGAUGAGAACCCGAACAGGAAACGGAUGAAGACACCACAGAACCGAGGUCCGAUGUCGACUUCCACCCCGCGAUUCGGAAGGCCGAACUCAGCACCUCCGCAGCAACCUGCAGAUCACGGUCAUACAACAGAGCAAUGCAAUAGUCUGAGGGAACAAGGGACACAGCAUCCAGGAGUCCGCAAUCCCCCAAACAGGCAAGGUGUGGGAUAUCAGCAGGCCCCACCACCACUCCCACCACCAGCUAGAGUCAUACACAUGAUUACGGGUGGUCUGGAAGCAGGUGGACUGAGCUCUAAACAGAGAAAGUUGUAUGUCAGGGAGGUUAAGCACCAGAACCGGACUCAGAAACGAAAAUUUGACGAUGCUGAGUGGAAGAAUCAACCCAUCACUUUCACAUCUGCUGAUCUUGAAACAGUUGUCACACCUCACAAUGAUCCUCUAGUUACUUCCGUCAUGAUCAACAAUUGUGAAGUGCAACGUGUCCUUGUUGACACCGGAAGUGCACCAGACAUCAUGUACUUCCAUUGUUUCGAGAGUCUUGGGAUAGAUCCAGCCUUGUUUCAGAGGUAUGAUGGUCCCAUCUAUGGGUUCAACAACCAACCAGUUCCAGUCGAGGGAGUACUCACCAUGAAUGUUGCAUUUGUGAGUGGCCGAAGUUAUGUGACCCCUACAGUGAGGUUUCUAGUGGUCAAGAUGGCGUCUUCUUUCAACGUUGUUAUUGGCCGACCUACACUAACUGAGAUCCGAGCCGUGGUUUCCCAGUCUCAUCUAUGCAUGAAAUUCCCAACUCCUAUGGGAAUAGCAACACUGCGAGGCAACCAGGAGGUAGCCCGGCAUUGCUAUAUCACCUCGAUAACACAACCUCAGAAGGGCAAGACUCAGACACCCGAGAUUAAUCCCAAACAGAUACCUGAUGAUCGGCAAGUUAUGGGUGUCGAAAUAGUAGAUAACCGACCUGAAGAUGAAACCAGAGCUGCUCCGGUUGAAGAUGUGGAGGAGGUACAGAUUGAUGACAGAGAUCCGAGCAGAAAAACGCAAAUUGGGACUAAAUUGAACUCGGAGGAAAGAGCAGAGUUAAUAGCUUUUCUUCGGGCCAAUAACGAUAUUUUUGCAUGGACUUCAGCAGAUAUGCCGGGAAUCCCCAUUUCAGUUUUUCAACAUAAACUCAGCACCAAUCCCCUCAAGAAACCAGUAGUCCAGAAGCGACGUCUCUUCGGGGGGGAGAGGCUAAAGGUUAUUAAAGAAGAAGUCGAGAAACUCUUACAAGCCGGCUUUGUCAGGAGGGUAGAUUACUGUGAGUGGGUCGCCAAUCCGGUGUUGGUGAAGAAAGCAAAUGGCUACCACCAGGUCCCAAUGGCUCCUGAGGAUGAAGAAAAAACCUCGUUCUAUGCUGGCGAUGAGAUCUAUUGCUAUGUAAUGAUGCCCUUCGGUUUGAAGAAUGCAGGUGCCACUUACCAGAAGAUGGUUACCAUCGUGUUCCGAGCUCAGAUAGGACGGAAUCUGGAAGUUUAUGUUGACGAUAUAGUGGUGAAGAGUUUGAAAGCCGACGAUCACUUAACCGAUCUUGAGGAGACAUUCAACAAUCUCAGACAGAAUAGAAUGAGGUUAAACCCAGCCAAGUGCAUCUUUGGUGUGGAAUCUGGAAAAUUCUUGGGUUUUAUGGUUUCCCGGAGAGGAAUUGAGAUUCUGCAAAAGCCUGAGUGUUCUGGAAGAUUAAUUAAGUGGGCAGUAGAACUGGGGGAGUUUGAGAUAACAUUUCAGCAGAGAUCUACAAUCCGGGCUCAGGCACUGGCAGAUUUCAUUGUAGAGUGCACUCCAGGUAAUUCCAUUCCUACUCCGGAGCCCAAUGACUGGACCUUAUAUGUUGAUGGGGCAUCUAGUAGCAAAGGUUCGGAAGCUGGUGCUCUCUUGAUUGGCCCAGAUGGAUACCGAAGUGAACAUGCUCUAAAAUUUAACUUCGAUGCAACAAACAACAUGGCUGAGUAUGAAGCCCUACUAUUGGGUCUGCAGCUAGCCUUCGAAUUAAAACUCAGUGCGAUCCAAGUAUACAGCGACUCUCAACUGGUGGUGAUCCAAAUUAACUCAAUUUGCGAAGUUGUUGAUCCUGUGAUGGUAAAAUAUGUAGCUCUGGUGGCCGAGCUGAAGUGCAAAUUCCAAAAAUUCUGUUUGAGCAAAAUUCCCCAAACUGAGAAUGAACAGGCAGAUUCACUCUCUAAAUUCGCCUCUGAUAGUUCUUCACAUUCCAGAUCAGUUUUUGUGGAGGUCUUAGACGAACCAAGCUUCGUGAAGCCAUGGGUGAUGGAGAUCAGCACCAACCCAAGCACACCGAGCUGGAUUGACCCAAUCCUUUCAUUCUUACGAGAUGGGGUAGUACCUGAGGACAGGCAGGAGGCAAUGAAGUUGAGGAGGAAAGCAUCCCGGUAUACACUUAUUGAUGGGGUUCUCUAUAAGCGAUCUUUCUCUCUACCUCUUCUACGGUGCUUGAAUCCCUAUGAAGCAGAAUAUGCACUCAGGGAGGUACAUGAAGGUGUCUGCGGAAGUCACGUAGGUGCUCAAACUUUGGCUCAUAAAGUCCUUAGACAGGGUUAUUACUGGCCAAACAUGUACAAGGAUGCCACUCACUUUGUUCAGCGAUGUUUGAAAUGCCAGUUCUUUGCACACCUGACUCACCAGCCUGCAGAAGAGCUCACUACUCUGGUAGCACCAUGGCCAUUUGCUCAGUGGGGAUUGGAUCUUCUGGGACCAUUCAUAAAAGGGGUUGGUGGUGUAACCCACUUGAUUUUUGGUGUAGAUUAUUUCACAAAGUGGGUUGAAGCUCGGCCGUUAUCCAGCCUUACUUCCAAGAAGGUUGAAGACUUUGUUUUCAGCUCGAUUAUUUGUAGAUAUGGGAUCCCGAAUCGGAUUGUGGCUGAUAAUGGAACUCAAUUUAACUGCACCUCUUUUCGAGAUUUCUGUUCCAGCUACGGGAUUAAACUGCAGUUCACCUCGGUCUACCAUCCGGAGUCCAACGGCAUGGUCGAAUCUGUUAACAAGUGCAUCUUAGAAGGUAUAAAGCCGAGGUUGGAACAACACAAGGCCAAAUGGGCAGACGAACUCAACAACGUCCUCUGGGCAUACAGAACUACGAGUCGAACUGCCACAGGAGACCUUGUCCUCUGGAAAGCUGGUCUGACGGGGUUCGAAACUCGAUUCGGCAAGUUGGCACCGAACUGGGGAGGCCCCUACACUGUCGCCGAAGUGCCACACCCAGGUGCUUAUAUCCUAUGGGACACUGAAGGAAAAAGGGUUCUUAGAGUCUGGAACGUCAAUAAUUUGAAGAAAUUUUACCCUUAAUGCAUCUCUUUAUAGUAAACUUUGGCUCAUUUUUAUAUUCAUUGUAAUUCCAUUUGUGUCCGAACUCAAUUCCUUCACAUCAUUAAUGCACUUCACUUCACAUUCGAAGUGAUUCAUUCCAUUUGUGUUGGGUUAUGAUUCAUUUCUAUAUUUGAAGUCCGCCUCUUAUAUAUCCAAGGUCAAUUCCUUUGCUCGAGGUCAAAACCUUGUAUUAAAUAAAGUUACUCUAUUUUA